AUGCUGCUGCGUUGGUAUUCUACAAAAUGGUUUCUAUCGAGUAUUAUACUUUUACUUGAAAUAUUUUCAAAUGUUGCCAAUGGCCAAAGCUGUUUACCUUUAAAUUCUUGGCCGAUUGUUGAAGCAAAUUGGUCUAGUUGUUCUGUUCUUUCAGAUGGACCUGUAACAAUAAAUAAUAUUUAUGCGCAAUGUAUGUUUUUAAAUGUUCCUAUCAAUUGGAAUACAACGAAUUUCACGACAUGUACACAAACUAUACAAGUAUUUGUUAAACGUUAUUUUCUAUUGGGAUAUCAAAAUCAAUCUCAUCAUUUAUGGAGAAUACCAGGUGGCGGUGGUAUUCCAGUGACUAGUUUAGAAUUAGAAGCUGUUGGUGUUGUUAGUGCAUUGAAUGGUUCAGUAUCAAUAUAUGUGACAGAUAAACGUGGUGUUGGCCAAAGCAGUUUAAUCGAAUGUCCAACAUCGAUUGUUAAAAAUUUCACAGCUUGUUUACCGUAUAUAAGAGAUAAUGAAUAUCGUUUAAAACAAAAUACAUACACAAAUACAGCACGUGAUUUAGAAUAUAUUUUAAAAGUAAUUAUGGGUAGUAAUCGUCAAAAUUUAAACUCAAAUCAACGUGUUAUUUUAAUGGGAUCAAGUCAAGGAACUUAUCUUCUACAAAGAUAUCUUCAUGUGACUCAAGAUAACGAACAAGUCGACGGAGUUAUACUUGAUUCUGUAUUACCCACUGAUAUAACACGAUUAGUUCAUGGGGAUAAAUAUUUAAAUUACAUGUUUUUAGACUUAUUUACACGUUGUGCGCAAGAUGAAGAAGGAUGUGCCCAAUAUUUCGAAGAUAAAAAUCCAAUGCGCGCACUCUAUACUUAUAAAAUGCAAGAAGAUUUUCAAACGAAUUCAUCUUGUCUUUCUUUAUUACAUACAACUACUGAAGAUAUUGCAAAAAAAAUGUCGUAUAUAUUUUAUCCAAAUAUGAUGCAACUUUUUCCAGCGUUGAUCUAUCGAAUUAAUCGAUGUAAUUUGGAUGAUCAAAAUGUUCUAGGACAUUUUUUAAAUGUAACGCAACCACCCAAUGAAGAUGGAGCAGUAGGAUAUUCAAUUUUAGUUGAACUAAAUAAUAAUUUUGCUGAAUUGUGGUCUCCUUUCAAUCCCGAAGAAACAAAUCCAUCAUGUGAUUAUUUAAAAGGAGCAUCAAUGAAUACAUUUGCUUCAACACAUGUAAUGCCUGAUGUUUAUUGUCCGAUUCAACAAUAUCAAAUAUUAGGAUAUCCGACUGAUCAAUACUAUAGAAAAUAUCCAACCAAAAUGACUAAAUUACCAGUUUUAUUAUUACAUGGUGAUAUGGACCAAGCAUUACCAGUGCCAAUUGCCCGACAUUUUUCUAAACAAUAUUCAUUAAUUAAUUCAAACUUUACCUAUAUUGAAAUGCCACGUACAGGACAUACAGCAACAAAUGCAGCACCAAUGACAGGCGAAGAAGGAAAUUGUGGCUGGAAUUUAGCGGCAACAUUCGUCAUAUCACCAAAAUUUGAACCAGAUCGUUCAUGUCUAAAUAAAAUAAGUCAAAUUGAUUUUUCUGGUACAACAAUAAAAAGUAAACAAGCAGCUAUGCAAUAUUUCGGAACUGAUAAUCUUUGGGGAAUAAAAAAAACAGAUGAAACAAUAACAAAUACAGCAAUGAAUAUAAAAUAUGCAUUUUCUAUAUGUAUUUCCAUUUUUAUUAUAUAUUUAACAUCAUUUUAA